AUUUGAUUAUAAUAAUCUGAGCGCAUAACAAUAAUCAUAUUUCUGACAUGCGCGUUAAGAUAUUCAGAAAUUGCAACAGUGAAAAAGUUAUUUCAUUUUGUAUGUGAGAUACACCAUGUCGCGUCGAAAGCAACCUAAACCGAGGCAUAUAGAGGCGGAAGACGAAUUAGCAAGUAUUUUACAGAAUGAUCCCGAGCCUAGCCCUGUCACCACUUCCUGUCCCAGUUCUGAGGAUGCCCACGUCUGCGGAAAAUGUCGUGAGGAGUUCCUAGGACUGGAGGAGUUCCUGUCUCAUAAGAAGGUGUGCAGUAGUAAAGUUGUAUUGGUAUAUGAGGGGAAAGACAGUGAAAACACUGAAAACAGUGACCUGGAUUUGGGUGAUCUGAACCCUCCCUCAAAGGUUCCCCGAUAUUCUGACCCUGAGGAGUAUAACUGUGGAGGAUCGGACGGUGAAGGAACUGACUAUAUGGAUAAUUUUGAUGACGACGAAAAUGAAAUAAUGGAUGCAGAGGACCAAGAAAUAGCUAAUGAGGAAAUAGACGAAGACCUGAUGAAAAUCUCGAUGAUGAAUGCUGCUGCCGCAGCGGCAGAUGAGGAAAUCUCCACGGAUAGCGAGGAGGAUGAGGAAAAUAAUAACACUACUGACAGUAAGAGUGAGGAGAAGUGUUCAGAUGACAAUAAAGAGAAGACAACAGGUGCCCUUCCAGGACCCCUUAUGUUUCCAUUCUCACAAUUUCUACCUACAAACUCAAAUGUGACCUUGGAACCCAUGAAUGCCACUCGUGCAGCUGUGGCCCAAUUUGCUGAGAACAAUUUAGCCCCAGCAGAAAUUGCUUUGUUGCACUCCACACUUUUCAAUUUACAGCAGCAGCAGAUCUUGCAACUUCAGUUGAUUCAGCAACUUCAGUUACAAGUAAACAUGGGAGGCACCCCAACCUCAUCUCCUCUGCCAUUUUUGCCACCAGUUUUGCCCUCACAAUCAUCAUCUCAGGAAUUCAACAAUCAGAAACCUCAGCGCAGUAACAGUGUGGAUGAGGACAGUGUGCAGGAUCUGAGUAGUAGCAAAGAGGACAAGCCAGAGAAAACUCCGGAAACUUCCGGGAAUGAAGGGAUGGAAUCAAAGCCAGCAUCAAUCACAGCCUCAGCAUCCCCCUCCCCGGCAGCGCCGACUCUACCCCCAUCUUUACCCUUGUCUGGCAAAGAUCUUGUGUCAGCUGUUCCACCACCCACCUCAGAAUUUGCCAAGCUUACAAAACUGGUUGAGCGCUCGCAGUAUGUCAGUGAUGACCCAUUUUUCCGCCACAAGUGUCGUCUAUGUCAGAAGGUCUUUGGCAGUGACAGUGCCCUGCAAAUCCAUAUCCGCUCUCACACAGGCGAGAGGCCGUUUAAAUGCAACAUAUGCGGAAAUCGCUUUACAACGAGGGGAAAUUUGAAGGUUCACUUCGAGAGACAUAAAGCCAAGUAUCCUCAUGUUAAGAUGAAUCCACACCCAGUCCCAGAACAUCUGGACAAAAUACCAUCAAUGCCUCUGAUUGGAUCCCCCUUCCCAACAACGCCGACUCCACCUCUUCCACUUCCAGGAGGAAUGUUCACAUCAGCUCCACCUAUGUCAAUUUCUUCUAUGAUGUCCUCAAUUUACUCCAACUCUAUGUUCGGACCCAGACCAACACCGCAUUUUCCACCACGACCCUCUCAUAGUGGAGAGCAGAGUUCCUCGAGUGCUGCGUCUUCCUCCAGUCACUCUCAAACCAGUCCCACACCCACUGCGCAGACAGCAAGUGAAGCGCCGGUGCGCAAGUCACCCAAUGUAACUGAUACAGCGGUCACGACACCAGUGUCUUCUGCAGUGAAGCGCGAGGCAUCCAGUCCGAUUGAGACCCAGCCCAAAAUGAGUCGUCAGUCUAGUCAAUUCCCUCUACUUUCACCAGUCCCGUCUGUUCCACCUCCUCCUUUGACGCCCUCUGCUGGUAGUUACUCUUCACGUGAUUCAAUCUUGCCAACUAAACUGAUUGACCAUGACGAAAGUCUAGAGCAGUAUAUGGAAAUCGAUCGUUCAGAGACGUCUAAGCUACAACAACUCGUAGACAAUCUAGAAAACAAAGUAUCGGAUCCAAACCAAUGCGUUAUAUGCCACCGUGUUCUUAGCUGUAAAAGCGCCCUCCAGAUGCAUUAUCGCAUCCAUACUGGUGAAAGACCAUACAAAUGUAAGAUCUGUGGACGGGCCUUUACAACGAAAGGAAAUUUGAAAACUCACAUGGGUGUUCAUCGAAUGAAACCCCCAAUCAGGAUGAUGCACCAAUGCCCAGUUUGUCACAAAAGCUUUACAAACCUGCUGGUUCUGCAGCAGCAUAUACGAAGCCACGCAAGCUUGCCUGGAAUGCCACCGAUGCCAGAUAUGUCUCAUUUUAAAGCAUUUGGAAACUUUCAGAGGCCAAUGGAAUGGGGUCAUCGACCAUUUGAUCUUUCCUUCAGACCCGGGCCUGAAAGAGAACUAGACCUUAGCAAAACAUCCCCAACGUAUCAGAUGAAACGAAGCAAGGAAUACGAAGAUGAAAUGGAGGAUAGAGAUGUUUCAAGGGAUAUGGAUGAUGAUUACAACGACGAACAAAAUCGUAGCGAGGGAGAGCUACGACAGAAUGACAGUGGGCGUGUGGACGAGACAAAUGAGGAUGGAAGCGAUGGAAAUAAUAAAGAAAACAAUAUAAAAGAUCGCCCCUUACGUCCGGAUUCAACAAAAUCUGACAGUUCUAAAGGUUCCGCCAGAUCUGCCUCUCCAAACACGGAUGACGAGAGCAAUUCAGGAUUCCACUCCGCAAGUUUGUUUUCCCCUUCCUUAGGAAUGGGACCGAUACCUCCAUACAACACUUCUCUUGCUGCCCUUGAAGAACGUGUACGAGCUAUUGAUUCUUCCAUGGCAAGUCAUAGAUAUAAUCCUUUUGGUCUAAAUGGAUUUCCACACCCUCAAGUGGAAAAGAAAAAAAUGGACGACAAUGGCGAUGUAUCCGACUCGGAGGAAAAUGGAUCAGCAGACGAUAGCAAACCAGGGACGCCAGCUUUGUCCGUGAACAGUGAUGGUGGAAAUUCUAUCAACGGAUUCAUGAUGAGCGGAGACAAGUUGACCACUACUUGUAAUAUAUGCUACAAGACUUUUGCAUGUCGUAGUGCUCUGGACAUUCACUACCGUAGUCACACCAAAGAGCGCCCUUUUAAGUGCGAAGUCUGUGACAGAUCCUUUACCACGAAGGGAAAUAUGAAGCAGCACAUGCUUACGCACAAAAUACGCGACCUACCUAACUCAUUCAACAACAACAGCAACAGCAGCGAAAAUCUGGAUAAUGAUGAAGCAUUUGAAACGCUUGAAAACUCCAACGACUCAGUAACAGAAGAGAAAAAAACGGAGGACCAGCCACACAAACAGGGGUCGCCUAAAGUCAGUGAAAGCAAUAACCAGGAGCGACAGAGCAGUGCACCUUUUGUUUCUAGUAGCAGUGGAAGUAAUUAUACAAAUAAUGGAGGAAACGUCUCUAAUGGUUCACAGGAUAACUCGCCGUUUUUGCGAAGAACUCCACUGAAGCACCAAUGCCAAGUUUGCCAGAAGGGUUUCUCAAGCGCCAGUGCCCUGCAGAUUCACAUCAGAACUCAUACCGGAGAUAAACCCUUCAAAUGCACGGUAUGUGGCAAAGCUUUUACAACAAAAGGGAACUUAAAAGUUCAUAUGGGGACUCACAUGUGGAACAACAGUCCCUCUCGUCGUGGGCGCAGAAUGUCGAUCGAGCCUCCAUUCAUGAUGACGCACAAAGAGAAUCCCUACAUGCAGGGAGGCUUUCCACCAAGAGCCCCGGAUUUCUUUCCAUUCCAGUUUCCACCCUUCAUGAAUGGAGUCCCCCCUCACAAGAUGAACGAAAUAUCUGUCAUUCAGAGUCUGGCCAGUGGCAUGGGGCACAUGCCACCACUACCGCUCAACGCUGAUCAUCUGACCUCACCACGAUCCAAGGUUACAGACAGCGAAGGUAAAGCUGUGUCUUGGAGAAAAAGCGAUACGAACGGAAAUAUAACCUCCUCGGGAGAGCUAGACUUGAGUAUGAAGACAAAUACAUCUACAUCACCAAAAAAUAACAGUAAGCCCUCCCCCACCCCCGGGGAUAACUGGAACUCAGCCUGGAAGACCAUGUGUCACCUUUGUAACCAGAAUUUUCCCUCUCCGACAGCGCUAGAAUAUCACCUUCAGAACUUCCAUCUCAAAGGUGCCGAACCACGCCCUAAAAGCAUAGUUGCUUAAAUACUUAAAAUAUUGUGUUGUAAAUUAUUAUGUUAGGCAUUCCACUGUCAGAAGCAUUUUGGUGUUGUUGAAUGUAACUGUUUAUCAUCUGUGAAGAAAGACAUGAAUGCAUCAGAAAUCCUGUAAACAUUGAUAAGAAAUCCAAAUUAUUUCACAGAUAGAAAGGAUGGUGCAUUUACAAUAUAUAGAUAUAUCCAAAUUAUUGGCGAAGGCUGUAGUAGAGUUAGCUGCUAUUGACUCAUGCAUUUAACUUUCAAAGUCUUGAAUUUUUGCAAGUAGUCUUGCGCAUGGAAAGUCUAGUCGAAUCUCAUCGAUAAUCAAACAACAUAUCACGUAAUAUAGAAUUCUCUACCUCGUUUUGCUUAUUGUAAACAUAGGGCGGUGUAUUCGAGAAAAAAGAUAUUCAUUGUGAAUGGCUUUAUAUGAUUGUUAUUCUAGGGAAGAAUAAGUGCUUGUAAUACCUGCUACGCAUUGAAAGUAACUGAGACGCAGUCAAUGAAUAUUACGCAUUUCAAUUAUCCAUAUAAAGAUUAUAUACAUAUUAUGUUGAAUAGCAAGUAGUUUAGUUGAGUGUUUCAAAAAUCGCUUUGUAUACAAACAAUUAGUUUAUUUGUACAUAUAGAUACUGAUUUAUAUACAUACAAUUAUAUACAUGUAUUGCUUUUUUGUUAUUUUAUUAUGAAAGCUUACAGAAUUGUUGUACAUUUUAUUUAACUUGUUAUUUCUUUACAUCAGACAAUUUUAUGUCUAGCUGGUUACCACAUCAUCAACUUUUGUGUGAGAGACACUUGUAGUUAUGGUAACAAGUUUACGGUGCUGCUUAGCGUACUUUUGCCCCCUGCUGACAUUAUAUUGCAAAUAGGGAUUUUCUGCGGAAUUUAUUUUUCACCGGUCAAUAGUUAUGUGCAUGUUUAUUUAUUGAACAAUAUUUGUGUCUUCCGUUGUUUCACUGCUGGGGUAAAACACACAACAUACCACCCCCAACAUCUCCAUGCAAACAAUGUGCACUGGGAACAAAUAUAGAUUGUAAUGUGUAGUUUUAGUGUUUAAGAAUAGAUCUUUGUAAUUAUUAUUUUUUUUAAUGAAGUGAUAGUUAUUUGGUUUAUAGAAUAUGUGAUCAGAUGAGUUAACUUUAAAAAGUAAUUGUGACGCAUGCGUGAUGAGUGAAGGUUUCUGAACUUUUGACCUUUGUACAGUAUACAAAAUGUUGAAGACGCCAGACAGAUGGUGAUAAAAUUUGUGAAAUCCAUAACUAAUCUGUAUUCUAGUUGUUCUGAAAACUGUAUUUAAAAAGUGAUUUUUAGGUAAGGAAAUCCAUGUUUGAUUAUUUCCCACAGGUUAUUGAGUUCUAGCGUUAGAUUUAGGUUCGACAGUCUACAAAAGAUUGUUAUUUGAUAACGCUGUAUUUUUUUUUCUGUGAUGACAUAAUUUGAAUAAUUAUAACACUGUACAGAAGUGAGGACUUGAUAAAUGUCGAAAUUCAGUGUGGAUGUUUGGAAAGACUUGGUGAUCCCAGGUUACCUGUGUUCUUGAUAGAUUUUGCCAAAUGGCAAAGAAAGCAAAAUAAAAAUAUACAUCAAAAUA